UGAUUAAAUUGCAAAAGAUUCUAACUACCAUUGUCAAACAUGGGUUGUUGGUUGGUGAUGUUUUGAAACUUGGAAGAUUGAUUACAGUAUGAACCCUAACAGCUCCUUCAACUAAUAUUAUUACACUUUACAACCCGCCUGCGCCCCUUGAUUUCACCACCUUCUUUUUGUUUGGAGUUUUGACUUGUUAUUAUCAGCCACCUUUCCCCACAACCCUUUACAUGUAUAUAUAAACUCUUCCCAUCUCUUCUUCUAUCACGUUCUCAAAUCUCAUUUCUUCACUAACAUCAUAUUAGUUGAGACCUUCAACAAUUAGUCAUUUUCUGAGAAUUUGAAAGAAGGAAAGAAGAAGAAAAUGGAGAUUCACCACAGUAAACAUGAGUCAUGGUCCGAUACCGAGAGCACAAGCAGUAGCAGAGUCGGUUACAGUGGUCCAUUGAGCGGUCCGAUAUUGGUGAACAAUGCUAACAAGAAACACAGCAGCAAGAAGAGUGCGAGGUUUAAAGACGGCGACGAAUACGUCGAGAUCACUCUCGACAUUCGUGAAGAUUCGGUUUCUGUACAGAAUAUCAAAGGCGGCGACCCGGAGACGGCAAUGCUAGCGACCAAGUUAGAGAAAAGGCAUUCGUUUGGAUCCCAGCUUUCGUUCAAAAUCCGGCAAGUUUCUCAGGAACUGAAGCGAAUGACGUCGAUGAAGGCGGCGGCGCCUUUUAACAGGGCCGACCGGAACAAAUCCGGCGCCGCUCGUGCCCUUCGGGGACUGAAAUUUAUGACCAAAAACGUUGGAACCGAAGGCUGGUCCGAGAUCGAUUCACGGUUCGAUGAAUUGUCUGUCAAUGGCUCACUCCCCAAGUCAUUGUUUGGUCAAUGUAUAGGCAUGAACGAAUCAAAGGAGUUUGCCGAGGAACUGUUCGAGACUUUGGCUCGCAGAAGAGGGAUAACAUCAUCAGCAGUAAACAAAGCUCAGCUAAGGGAAUUUUGGGAACAAAUUACUGAUCAAAGCUUUGAUGCUAGAUUGCAAACUUUCUUUGACAUGGUUGACAAAGAUGCUGAUGGAAGGAUCACAGAAGAAGAGGUGAAAGAGAUUAUCACAUUGAGUGCUAGUGCUAACAAGCUGUCAAAAAUCCAAGAAUGUGCUGAGGAGUAUGCAGCCUUAAUCAUGGAAGAACUGGAUAAAGACAACCUUGGGUACAUUGAGAUAUACAAUUUGGAAACACUACUACUGCAAGCUCCAAGCCAAUCAACCAACUUAGUGACAGACAGCCGCAUUUUAAGCAGGCUAUUGAGUGAAAAAUUGGUUCCAACAAAAGAGAAGAACCCCAUUAAAAGAUGGGGAAGGGGUCUUGCCUAUUUUUCAGAGGACAAUUGGAAGAGAAUAUGGGUGUUGGCUCUUUGGUUCUCAAUCUGUGCAGGCUUGUUCACCUGGAAAUUCAUUCAAUACAGACAUAGAGCCGUGUUUGAUGUGAUGGGCUACUGUGUUACCACGGCCAAAGGUGCAGCUGAGACAACUAAAUUCAACAUGGCCAUCAUUCUUCUUCCAGUGUGUAGAAAUACCAUUACUUGGCUUAGAAGCAGAACAAAGUUAGGGGUGGUUGUCCCAUUUGAUGACAAUAUCAAUUUUCACAAGGUGGUUGCUUGGGGGAUUGCUGUUGGAGUUGGCUUGCAUGCUGGUGCACAUCUAACGUGUGAUUUCCCUAGGCUUCUCCAUGCCACUGAUGAUGAGUAUGAGCCAAUGGAACAAUUCUUUGGGGAAGAACGGCCUAACAACUACUGGUGGUUUGUCAAAGGGACCGAAGGUUGGACCGGUGUGACCAUGGUGGUGCUCAUGGCCAUAGCCUACACACUAGCUCAACCUUGGUUCCGCCGGAACCGGCUAAACCUCCCUAAAUCCAUAAAGAAGCUGACUGGAUUUAAUGCCUUCUGGUACUCACAUCAUCUAUUUAUUAUUGUCUAUGCCCUCUUCAUUGUUCAUGGAUACUUUCUCUACCUCUCCAAGAAAUGGUACAAAAAGACAACAUGGAUGUAUCUAGCAGUUCCAAUGCUAUUAUACGCAUGUGAACGCCUAAUUCGAGCAUUUAGAUCUGGCUAUAAGUCGGUGAAGAUCUUGAAGGUUGCUGUCUACCCUGGAAAUGUACUUUCCUUGCACAUGUCUAAGCCUCAAGGAUUUAAGUACACUAGUGGCCAAUAUAUAUUUGUGAACUGUGCUGAUGUCUCCCCGUUUCAAUGGCAUCCCUUCUCCAUCACUUCAGCUCCUGGAGAUGACUAUUUAAGUAUCCACAUCCGAACCUUAGGAGAUUGGACAUCCCAACUCAAGGCCCUUUUCUCAAAGGUUUGUCAGCCUCCAUCGGUUGAUCAAAGUGGCCUCUUGAGAGCAGAUAUUGGUAAAGGCGAAAACAAGCCUAGGUUGCCAAAACUCUUGAUUGAUGGUCCAUAUGGAGCUCCAGCUCAAGACUACAAAAAGUACGAUGUUCUUCUCCUAGUAGGACUUGGAAUUGGUGCCACCCCAUUAAUCAGCAUAGUCAAAGACGUGCUUAACAACAUCAAGCAACAAAAUGAAAUCGAAGAAGGGGUGAAGAACAAGAGAAAGCCAUUUGCCACUAAACGAGCUUACUUCUAUUGGGUUACACGGGAGCAAGGCUCGUUUGAGUGGUUCAGGGGGGUAAUGAAUGAGGUGGCUGAGUAUGAUAGAGAUAGGAUGAUUGAACUUCACAAUUACUGCACCAGUGUAUAUGAAGAAGGGGAUGCUAGGUCAGCUUUGAUCACCAUGCUUCAGUCCCUCCAACAUGCCAAAAGUGGUGUGGAUAUUGUUUCGGGAACACAAGUGAAAACACAUUUUGCCAGGCCAAAUUGGCACAAGGUCUUCAAGCAUGUGGCUGUUAACCAUACAGACAAGAGAGUCGGAGUAUUUUACUGUGGUGCACCAGGAUUAACAGGGGAGCUAAGAAGGUUAGCUCAAGAGUUUUCAAGGAAGACCAGCACCAAAUUUGAUUUCCACAAGGAAAACUUUUAAAAAAUUGGUCCUAUUGGGUUCAUUUAAUUAUUUUUUUUCUAUAUGUUUUGGGAAAUGCAACAAAGCAGUACUAGUACAUAUAAUUAUGUUUCUCAUAGGGUAAUAUAGGCUGUAAUGUUUGUUAACUAAGUUAUCAAUUCUUAUAUUUGUAAUUUAAUAAAACACUUCUCCCACAGAUUGUCAAGGAUUCACUAAAGUAAAUGAAUGAAGUUGAGAUUUAUAAA